UACGAUACACCGGGUUCGGUUCCGCGCUAUGCUAUUCUUAUAUCCAAACACAGCUAACUCCUCGCCUUCCAGUCGCGUCAAAUAGUCGUUUUGCUCCCUUCAACAAGCAGCGUCUCUCUUUCUCACUUCUGCAAUGGAUCGCGCUCAGUUGUUGUUGUUCGGAUUGCCACUGUUCCUCUUUUUUUCCGACUUCAUCGGCCUAUUCUCCCCGCCUCCACCGAAGCCCCCUCAUGGCCAUCACCACCACCAUCACCAUCAGCCCCCGCCGCAGCAGCCUGGAACCUUAGAGUUCCCCUCUGAGAAACCGAGCGGUCUUGGAGGCGUGGGUAUCGGUAACACUGUUAUCAUCAAUUUCUGUGCUUCGUGCUCCUACAGGGGAACAGCAGUAACUAUGAAGACUAUGCUGCAGAAUAGCUACCCAGGAUUAGAUGUUAUCCUCACAAAUUAUCCCCCACCACUUCCAAAACGUCUGCUGAGCAAAGUGGUUCCAGUUGUACAGAUUGGUGUUAUAGCUGUUGUUGUGGCUGGGGAACAUAUUUUUCCAAUGUUAGGUUUUGUGGCACCCCCUCCAUGGUAUUUUAACUUGCGUGCUAAUAAGUUUGGAACCAUAGCAAGUACCUGGCUUCUUGGGAAUGCCUUGCAGUCGUUCCUACAAAGUUCUGGGGCAUUUGAAGUUUACUUCAACGGUGAAGUGGUGUUCUCUAAACUGAAAGAGGGAAGGUUCCCUGGAGAGGUGGAGCUAAAAGAUCUUAUUGGCAGAAAGAUGGCAAAUGCAAGGCUUGCUGAUGGUGUGCCAGAAUUGUGGUCCUAAGCUCUUAUUUCUUUCAUGAAAGAUGCUACCGGACGCCCCCAUUGCUUAGUGAAGUAGAUGCUCAUGCUACAAUACCAAUAGCCAAGUAAUGUCAUGCUGCAAGGUUUUCAAUUUCAUCUCUGUAGUUAAUAAUAUUGAUUCAACCUAAAUUUUCUAUGUGCCAAAAAACCAAUUUCAGUUCUUUUUAA